AGAGUAGAGCAAGACUAGGUGCUAUUGAUGGAUGAUAAAUGUAAUUUGUGAUGUCUACAAAAAACAGUAGUGGCUGUAUUAGACCAGAUGGUGAACCCUCAUUGGCCAUAUCUUCCAAAACGUCAAGAAAACUAUGAAACAGAAGAAGAGAGGGAGGCUAUUGAAGGAGUCUGGAACACAAUCUCUGAGGAUCCAUUAAACUAUCAAUUUUUUUAUCAUAUUUUGGAUGGAGAUGAGGGUGGAAGGCCUCCAAAGAUUGUGGCCUUAGAUGGAUACAAGGAGAUGGAAAACACAUUUUUUAACCAGAAAGACAAGUUGUGUUUACAUGCAAUUGCAAGGAGCAACAACAAAGAAGCUUUGCAGCAUCCUGUGGUCAGAAUGUUAAUUAGAUCAAAAUGGAGAAGCUAUGGACACUUGUUUCUCAAGAUAACGCGGAUUUUGGAGAUUUUAUUAGAAAGUGAAAUAAACUCAGGGAACAGAUACGAGUCGUUCCGAGACGAAGAUGACGAAGGAAAUAGAACACUAAUGCACUAUGCAGCAGAGCUGGGCUUUUUGCAAGUCAUCAAAACACUUGUCAGGAAAUGUCCCGAGCUACUUGUUGUGAAGACGGAAGAACAAUUCAAACCUGUCGAGAGGAGAGCCAUGUUACCUGUGGAAUUGGCGAUAGUGACAGAGAAUGAUGAUGUGGCUGCAUUUUUGGUUCGAGUUAUGUGGUAUGAAAGGUAG